CGUGCAGGGAGCUGAUCCUGAGAGUUGGCUGACAUUUGUCUCUGUGGAAGUCAGAUAUGUCCAUUAUGGGGGUAACCUGGAAACAGCUGUAUAGUUUGGGCUUUUCAGAAGUUUAACAAUGGCACAGUUAUCGCAUGAAAAAGGAGAAAAAAAGGUCUUUCACUGACUGAUUGUGAGUGAUAGUGUUUUCCAAGUUACGGCAAGGCUGUAUGUCAGUCUAAGGAAAGGCACACAUUGAAGGUGGGAGGAGAGAGGAAGGAGGAGAAAGCAACCCACCAGAAGAAAGCUGUGAUAUGUUCAGCACUGAAAUGGGUGGGAGGGAGUCUGUAGACCACUCAUGGAAGCGUCACUAUUGGAAUUACCAGGGUUAUUUCUGAUAAGGUCUCUCUGGGAAAAUAAGCUUGUUUUUUUACCAGCCUAGGUUUCCCCUUCCUUUAGUUGUGACAUUCUUUAACAGAAAUAAUCAUAUUGGUGGCUGCUGUGUCCCACCAGUUAUGUAAAAUUGGAUGUAAGUCCCAUCAGUUAUGUAAAAUUACCACCAAUCAGCUCACUGUCUGCACAAUCAGCAGCCUUUUGACAUUUAGUCAAACAGUCUUCCAACUGCAGACACAGGAGUUCACCGGUCACCAUGGCAAACUCGCGAGAGCUGAACCUGGGUGAGGACGUGGUGUUCGAGCCGGUGACCGAGGCCUGCCCGCACUUCCUGCAUAGUGAGGGGGAGCGCAGUGCCGUGGAGUGCCUACUGAGUAACGGGCCCGGAGCCUUCUACAUGCAGCUCAACGCCGAACGCCUCGGCCCCUUCCUCUCGCCCGAGGAGGUCAACCAGCUCAGCGGCUGGGCCCAAGACUACCACAGCAGCCAGGUGGUGGUGGAGGAGGAGGUGGAGGCGGCCGCUUACUGCAACCAGGGGGACGGAGAGGGCCAGAGCAUGAAGAACUACUCGGCAUGCUACUUCCCCACGCACUCGGACACCCCGGCCCCUCCUCUGGAGCUGGGCUGGCCGGAGAAGGGAUGCUGGGACUGCAUGGGCCAAGCCAGUGUGUACACCAGCCCACCAGUGGAGGAUGCACCACCUGUGCGAGAGGUGGUGCGGAAACUACUGCAAGGGGCCAAAAAGCUCAUCGCCAUAGUGACAGACAGACUCUCAGACAGCGCUGUGAUUGGCGACCUUCAUUCAGUUGCUUCGCUUGGCAUCCCUGUCUACAUCAUCCUCAACCAGAGGUCUGUCCAGGAGAACUUCACCCCUCACAGGCUACGACAUCCCAACAUGAGGGUGCGUGUCUUGGGAGGCAAGACCUUCUGCUCUAGAGAAGGGAAGAUGGUUGUUGGGGAACUGAAAGAGAAUUUUAUCCUGGUUGACCUGGAGAAGGUAAUGGUGGGGAGUUACAGCCUCACGUGGUCAGACGCCCACCUACACCGACAGCUGGUGAUGGUCAUGAGCGGCCCCGUGGUGGAAUCCUUUGACCGGGAGUUUCGUAUCCUCUUUGCCAACUCGCUCCCAAUCCCUGACACCUGGAAGGGAGGGCGGCCUGUAGUGGGGCUCAUGGACGAGGGUCUGGUCGCCAUGAACCGUCCCGAAAGGCUGGACCUGAAGUCUAACAAGCCUUUUCUGGUGGAGAACAACCUUAGCCCUCCGCCGUCCUACACUGACAAUCCCAUCGACUGGGAGGCCUUGGGGGUGAUUCAGAGGUGCCCUGACUCCAUGGGCCUGCUCUCCAGCCCCCCACCUGGCUUCAUAGAGGGGCCAGUGCAGUACAGUGGGCCUAUAUUUGAGGAGCCAUUGGUUAUUGAGGAGAAGCCAAUCCCACAGCAGACAGGCAUCAAUUUAGCUUCAGAAAAGGAUAGGCUGUAUAAUCACAUCAGUUUCAGGCCUCUGAGGAGAUUGUCCUGCAUAGACAAGCUCAAUGAACAGAAGAACAUGAGAAGUCCUAGGGGCGAGCCAACACCACUGUCUCCCAGCAGUAGAAAGGAGUUAGCAGUCAGAAGGGGUUCCAACCCUGAUGAGGCCAAAAUUGAGCAAAACCAAGCCAAGCCUAAACCAACAAAAGCAAAGAGGCCUCUAAUCCUGCGAGUACCACAGGUAGAAAACUUCAGCUCGCUCAGUGACAUCAUGAAGAGACUCCAAGGCCGGCAGAAUAUCAGCACGCCAAAACGAGGGCCAAAGUCCACCGUGUCUGACAUCAGCCGCUCUAUGAUGGACCUGAGCACUGGUUACGCUGACACAAACCACCAUCCACAGGCAAGUUGUUAUGACGGAUUGCCCCAGACCCCUGCUCAGGCCCUGAUGAAUGAGCGAACCGAUGACAAGAACAACAUCCAAAGACCUCCAAAGUCCUUCCUGUCUCCUAUGCGGCCUCGCAGCUCCACCUUUGGCUUCCAGAAGGAGUGGAGGUCGCCCACAAGGCAGCGGAGUGAUGAGGAGAAGUAAUUCCAUGCAGAACUGCUGCGUAUGACUGCCUAUUUAAGUCCUAGUUCCAUAGACUGCUGUGACCCAGGCAGCAUCUCGAGCAUGGUGCUAAGGACAGUACUCUCAGUCAGUUCUGAGGGAGCUUGGACGGGACUACUGUUCCAUUGGUGCAAAGGACAACCAAGAACUGGCUAUUGUGGAAAUUAAAGCCCUUUGGCCUCUUUUUUCCAA